AUGGCGUCAUCUUAUGAGGAAUCUAAUAAUGACGCCAUUGCCCUCCAGCCACGCAAGGAUACGGUUCCUGUUGAGGAAGGAUCAGUGAAGUUGACGGGAGGAGCGAACGGGUUGCAAGGUUUCCUACAGGUGUAUGUCGGUGGUAAAUGGGGCACAGUGUGCAACGAGGAAUGGGACAAAGACGAUGCCGAUGUGGUGUGUAAACAGCUUGGUGCCAGUGGGGGCGCUAUGUUCACCGAAAGCAGCCACUCAUUGGGAAAUAUCAACAGCUCAUUGCCAGUUCACAUGUCCAUGGCCAAUUGUUCAGGGACCGAGAGGAAACUAACAGAGUGUGCCCAUAGCAAUGUGACACAGUGCACUCACGCCAGUGACGUCAAAAUCGACUGCGUCAUUCCGGGCUACAAAGCCUGUGUGACGUAUGAUCCACAGAAUAAGCCUCUUAAUGGCCGCGUCCUCACGCCAGUAGAGCACAACAUCAACGAGUGUGCCAGGCUAUGCCGCUCCGACGGGUACGCGUACGUUGGGAUCCGACCACUGGAGUGUCACUGCGGCUCGGUGGGCGAGGACUUCGAGUCGGUUGGCGUGGAGCCGAACGAAAAUUGUGGUGCCUUCUGUAGAGGAGCCGGGUCCCAGAACUGCGGGUCAGAUGGCAGUUUGGCGAUUCAUGACGUGGCAGUGGGAAGUUGCAGCGGCAAAUUCAAGAGCAAGUACGGAGCCGUUACUUCACCGGAGUUUCCAGGUAGCUAUCCCCGCGAUGCACGCACGUGCCAGUGGAUUGUGGACGUAUCCGAAAAUGGCGAUACCACUAUUCAGUUCCCGGUGUUCGACAUUGAUGACGGAGACGCACUCGAAAUCACGAUCGAUGGCGGUGAGUCUUGGCAGAAGUACAGCAUGGCGAAAAAGCCAGAUCGCAUGACCUUUGACCUGAAGGAAAUCAUCGUGCGGUUCAUUAUGGGAGGCACCAAUGCAAAUUUCAAGGGAUUCAUCAUGACGUAUCAAGACGACACAACUUGUGAUAUCGCCAAGUUCCCCAAUGGCACCCUGGACACCCAAGAGGGCGCUGUUUACCGACCCGGUGAUUUGGUGGAGGUGGUGUGCAACAAGGGCUACGAGAGUGAGUGGGUGUAUUCCAUGUGUAACGAAGAGGGAGCUUGGGACAAGACGCCCGAGUGUAAAGAAUCCCCACCACCAGGUCGUUCCCUUAUAUUUACAUCUACUUACCUGUUCAUGAUGUUAGCCGUCAUGGGUUCGCUAGGAAUUAUCUUCUUCAUGAUCAUAUGUGGAGUCAUCUGCGUAGGCCGGAAAAAGAAAAAGGAAGGGUAUACGGGUAUCUCUAGGCAGGAGUCGGCCGAGCCUACUAAAGCAGCGAAUGAGUACCAUGUUGAAAUGCACGGUGGAUCAGACAUUGACAUGCAGAACGCUAGGGGAGAAGAAGGCCAAGGUAUCCCUCUAGCGUCCGAAGCAAUGGACGAGUAAACCGUCAUCAUACAGAAAGGUCAAGGUCUGCUGGGAAUCGUCUUUCUUAUAUCCACCGCAAGAGGGGGCUAUAUACAACAUCGAUGUCGACGCCAUCUUGUUUGCUUUGUCUCGACUUUCAUCGCCAAGGGGUGUCGAUAUCCAAGUCAAAAUAUUUUUGUUAAAAAAGGAUGUAAUAUUCCAUUUGUUUUCAUUCAUAUUUUGCUUGGUCGACUUACAUUUCCACACAGAGUUUUAAAUAAUUGACCCAUUGGCGACCCAAGAAGCGCCCUCUUGCGACGGUAUUUAAACCAGUGCUGCAGCGCCUUCGUGUGAGUUCCAAAGAACAACGUACAACAAGAAAAUGUGUGGCCUCGAUGUUACUGAUUGUUUUUAAACUGAAAUGCAGAUGCUAAAUAAGAUUUCAUACACUGUGUUUUGAUCACUUAUUCAUCAACAGAAGGGUUAUGCACAAAAAGUAAAACUUCUGUGAUUUUAAUAAAAUAUUAGCAUUUUUAAAAAUGUAUAGCAGUUAACGAUUUUAGAGCUUUUGUGGAUUGAUAGCAGAUAGUAGCAUCGCUGACGUCAUUAAAGUUACUACGGCAUUUUCAAAAUGUUUACGCAUUUUUUUUCUUGCAACAUCUUGGUCAAUACUACGAACUACUGCGUACGUACAAGCAAGUAAAACAUGGUGUGAAUUCUCAAAGCUUUGUGCGUAAAAUGGCCUGGCUUAACAGUUAAAAGACAAUGACAGAAAGGCUGUCAUCGUCAUCUCAAAAUAGAAAGUUUCACUGGUAUUUUUCUAAAAAAAACAUACAAUCAAUAGUUUAGAUUUUACAUAUCUUUGGCUACUUUCAAUGCCCACUUAUCAUUGUAAACUUUGCCAUGUCUUUGCCUCCUUUCGAGCUUAUUAGAAACAUGUUAGGGUAGAAAGUGACAUUUGCCACCAGAACUUCCCCCCCCCAAAAAAAAAAGAAAUAUGUAUUUGACGCGCUUUGAGACAAAAUUUUAACCUUACAAAAUUUAUGUUAAUAUUGUAAAAUAAGUACUUUUUAAACAAAUUAUUUAGACAAAAAUGUGUUUAUAUUACGUAAAAUUAUGAUUCAAUUUUCUGUAUAAUGUAAACUUAGCUAACUAGAUCUUUUUAAUGCUUUUCAUUAAUUAAAUUCUUGCUCAAAACUUUAAAUACAAUAAUUUAUAUUUUACCUCAAUAUUUUUUGUAUUCUCUCCCAAAACACAGAAAAUCGGUUCAUAUCUUUGACGAAAAAGGCCUUUUGAAAAUCAGUAGAGGUAGUUAAACAUUAAGCAAAGUUAUGUUAUGGUGCUCCUUUUUGUACAAAAAUAUCUAAAAUCUAAAAAAAAAAUAGGAAAAAAAA